GGUUACUACCGCCCUGCCGCUAACAUGGACUGUGUUGAUGUCAACGAGUGUGACAACGACCCGUGUCACGUCAACGCCACCUGCCUCAAUACAGUGGGCUCCCACACCUGCACCUGCUUCCAAGGAUUCAAAGGAAACGGCAGCCGGUGUGAGGAUGUAGACGAGUGUUCUGAGGCCGACCCGUGUCACUCACGUGCACUGUGUACCAACUUGAUAGGAGACUUCCUGUGCACCUGUGAGCAGGGCUUUAAUGGAGAUGGUUUCCUGUGUGUGGAUGUGGAUGAAUGUGCUCUGUCUGGUACCAUCUGCCCAUCCUUCUCCACAUGUGUCAACUCUCCUGGUACACAUGUCUGCUCCUGUCUGAACAGAACCCUGGCCCUCAAUGACAGCUGCGUGUCUCCCAGUCCACUGUGUGACCCGGCCUGCCAUGCACGUGGUCUGUGUCACCCUUCACCUGCUGGGCACCA